AUGACAAAGGUGCCGUACGGCAGCGCCACGACAAAAGAAUGCGUGAAGUGUGAGAGAUCGAUAUCUCGCACGAGCUUCUCAAAGCACGGGAAGAAGUGCAAGGGGAUAAAAGCGCGUGAAUCCAGGGUUGAUAUUCGCAAGAGAUCGUGGGUUGAGCACCGCGCCAAGCGCGUCUCCGAGCAGCGUUCUCGCCGCGCUACACAACUAUUCCAGAAACUCGAAGCGCUCCGACAGGAGCUUAGAGAGGUGGAGCACAGCGCUCUCCCUGACAAGUCACAGCCGAAAGGGCUAAGACAACACCCCCUUAAGAAGCUCAGUCAAAACGGACCGCUGUUUGAGUACAUUUUUGCUCAGAUGGACGAAAUCGACUUGCUGUCAAAGGCGUGGUUUCGAAAGGCCUACCUUCUUCUGUAUCCUGACAAGCGCCAUUGGAUGCCACCAGAGUUUCAAGGAGAGCCUGCUGAGAGUUUGCUUCAAGAAAAUGCAAAGUAUUCGGAAGCUCUGUGA